AUGGUUUAUUGCAGUAGCAACAACAUGAGUACACAAAACGAGGAAGUUGAGAGCUUACUGAUGAGUCCUUGUUGGAAUCAAACCGUCAACGGAACCGAUCAUUAUUUGCUAGAAGGACACAAGCUGCUUUUGGAACAUGAUUUGGAUUCGCUUCCCGGCAGCGAUUCGGAAACGCAAAAAAGUUCCAUGGAUGUUCUCGAUAGUUUGCUGAAUUCGACCUCGAAUAUCAGCACAAGUAACACAAAUUUAGCCGAAUUGAAGCCUUUACCGCCCUUCACGGGAUACACAGGUCAUUUGUCGAUAAAUGGCAUCUCGGGGCAUCAUUAUCACGCAAUUGCCCAACGCCUCCCGGAGGAGAACAACAAUUACAGUCAAAGUUCGUACUCGCCCACAAAUGGAAGCGGCGAAGUGUCGUCAUCCACUUGCCUACCGGAUUCCGUGCUAAUGGCGGAAGCGGAUACGCCCCUCAGUGAUGUCAAGCUGUUCAGCGACAAUUCCAUCGAUAGCAAGACAUAUUUGGCGGAUAGUUGUGUGAUGAGUACGGGACCUGAUUCGGUGUCGGGCGGCAAAAUUCUGCUGGAUUCCAAAGAUUUAGGCGAAUACGAUAUGAGUUCGAUAGAUGAUAUUGCGGCGAUAAUCGGAUCUGCGAUUGCCGAUACAACGGUACCUGGCAAUCGUGUCGAAAACGAGGAAAGUGAUACGCGGGACUCGUGGAUGGAUUUAGAUGCGUGGAUUGAAGGCACUUGUGGGCCGCAAGAUACAAAACUGAUCGUUUCGAAUCAAGAUUCCCUCAACGAAUACAUUUUACCGAAUCACUCGCCUCUCCAUUCGUCAGGGUCGACGUUGCAAAGUUUGCUGACGCACGGUUACAUGCCUCUGCUGCAAAAUCGCCUCCAAAAUGGACCACCUAUCAAAAUUGAAGCGCCCAGUUCGACAUCGUAUUGCGGCGAACUCAUUUCUACCUCAACGAGUCCUCCGGGUUCGGUUUGUUCGACAACCGAUAACAUCAUGCUCAACGGUCGUUUCCUCCAAAAUGGGCAGCAUCAUUAUCAGUUAACGCUAAAUAGUCUCAAACCCGAUGGACUUUGCAGUCCCGAUCUGUUGUCAAGUUAUCCGCAUACCACGUCGACGACGACAUCCACGAAAAAUAAAAGACCUCGUACUCACAACAAAAAACAACAACAACAACAGCAAAUUCAGCAGCAGCAGCAGCAACAACAAAUUUCCGUGUCUCAAGCAGCGGUGAGUUUUCAAACAGCGAACGACUUAAGCGGGUUGCUGGGCAAGGAGAAACCCGUGCAUCGAUGUAACAUUUGCAAUCGGGGAUUUCUAAACAAAAGCAAUAUUAAGGUACAUUUACGCACUCACACGGGCGAAAAACCCUUCAGGUGUGAGGUUUGCGCAAAAGCCUUCCGCCAAAAAGCACAUUUAAUAAAACAUCAACAAAUUCAUAAAAGAAUCGGACGUGAUUAG